ACGGACCCAGAACACAACAGGUAUAACUAGCUAAGCUGCUAGUUAACAACGUUAGUGAGAGCUUUAACUCACUUCUUUAUUUUUUUUAAAUGAAGUUAAUAACUGCUACAGAAAGCUCAAAAAGGUGUAACAACAAAUCUUCGCCUUUUUAAAAUGAGUGACAAAAAGCAACAAAGCCGUCCCAAACGUGUUUUCAUCAACGACGUCGACAAAUAUUCCUCCAAACACAUCGCUAAGUUCUUGUCGACAUGUGUGGCCUCUGAGGAAGCUGAAGCGGAAGACAGCUCCACUUCAGGUGAAGCAGCUUUCCAAAUAGUGGGGACUGUGUCUCCUUCCAUUAAAGAUGAAAAAGAAAAGUUUCUGCUUGAACAGUUCACGUCACCAACUCGAGAUGAGCUUCUUGAGCGCCUGCUGGAGUGUGAUGUUGUGGUGUACAACAUCUCAGAAAAUGGUGCAAAACAGCAGGUUGAAGAAGCAACAUGGGCGAUCACAGCCCUUCAUGCAGAGAUGGAGAACUUCAAGUCUCGGAAAAUGUUCAUCUUAGUCUCAAGCGUGAUGACCUGGGCCAUGACCAAGCCACAGAAUCCGGAAGAAACAGCUGUUCUGCUAACAGAGGAAGAGUUCAGAAGAAGAAGGCCACAUCCCAGUUUCAGAAACCACAAUAAUCUGGAGAAACUUGUGCUCAAACUGGGAAGAGGAAAAAAGUCCAAGCUCACUGGAUAUGUUGUUGCUUCUGGUCUUCAGUACGGGAAGGGAGAGAACCUCUUUCAUUACUUUUUCAAGGUGUCUUGGUUGAUGCAGUUUCCAAAAGUUCCUCUCUUUGGACAGGGUACAAAUCACAUCCCCAUGAUUCAUGUUUACGACCUUGGAGGAGUGAUUCAAAACACCAUUGAACUCAAGCCUAAGUCGAAGUACAUUCUUGCUGUUGAUGACUCCAAGAACACUUUAGAGGAUAUUGUAAAGAUGAUAAGUGAUACUCUUGGGCCUGGAAAGAUUGACAUGAAACAAGAGCAGGAUGCCAUCACCAUGAAGGCUUUUGAGCCAGAGGAGCUGGAGUACCUAAAUAUUAACCUCCGCAUGGAUGCCUUUAUUAUAAAAGACUCCUUCAGUCUCCAAUGGACGUCUGAAGCUGGAAUGGUUGAAAACAUGGCGAACAUUGUGGAGGAAUACAAAGAAACAAGGCAGCUACUUCCAAUCAGAAUCUUCCUGGUUGGCCCUCCAGCUGUGGGUAAAACCACAGUUGCAGAAAAGCUCUGCAGUUAUUACCAGAUACACCACAUAAAGAUCAGAGAGGUCAUUGAGGAAAAAAUCGCACAACUGAAGGAGAUAGUGAACGGAGCUGACCCUGAAAAUGGCAGUGAAGAUGUAGUGGCAGAUGCACAAAAACAACUUGAAAAGAUUAACAAAAGCAUGGAGGCGAAUGCAGAUCGACUGGCUGAUCAUCUAGUUUUCAACAUGUUGCAAGAAAAGCUGAAUUCAAAGCCGUGCAGGAACCAGGGAUUUGUUCUCGACGGCUACCCUAAAACGUAUGAGCAGGCAAAGCUGAUUUUCUUUGAUGAAGACACGGAGAACCAGGAUUUGAACAACAAUAUCACUCCAGAGCAUGUGUUUGUCCUCAAUGCCUCAGAUGAUUUCCUGACAGAGAGAGUUGGGGGACUUCCACAGAGUUUGGCAGAGAAAAUGCAUUACACUCAGGAGGAGUUUGUCCCUCGCCUGAUGAGAUACAGACAACUGAGCACCGCUGAGGAAACGCUGCUGGACUACUUUGAAGACCUUGAGAUUUACCCAGAACACAUUGAGGUCAACACAGGUGACCAAGAGUACACAGGUGUUAUGAAGAUGAUCACAGAGAUGGUCGGCGUACCCAAAAACUACGGUCUGAUUCCAGAGGAGCAGGAGGAAGAAGACAGGAAGAGAGAAGAAGAGAAGAGGCAGAGAGCGGCUGCUGAGGCCGCCGAGAGGAAACGCAGGAAUGAAGCUGCACUGGCUGAGAUGGCUGCUCAGUACGAGGAAUGGCAGAAGAAUCUGUCUGAGGUGAAGCGGCAGGAGUACGAGCUGCUGGAAGCUCACUCUCUCCCUCUGAGGAACUAUCUGAUGAAGUAUGUGAUGCCAUCGCUCACUGAGGCCAUGUUAGACUGCUCCAAGAUCAAACCAGACGACCCCAUCGACUUUCUGGCUGAACAUUUGCUACGGAACAACCUACAAGAAUAACAAGGACAUUAUCCAAUACAGCAUUUGAGGUUGUGUUUAUUCUAAAGUAAUAUAAUCAGAAAAUGACCAUGUUCAGUGUUAUAGGUUUAUAAUAAUUUGAUUUGAAGGUUGUUAAAAGUUUGUUUUUGAUCCUGCAAUUAAAGCUAUUGAACUGUCUGAACUUUCACGGCUGUUUAGACUUGAAAGUCACAGCAGAUUUCAUUCAUAAAACCACCAAUAAAGUCCAUAAUAAAGGGUCAUGAGUUUCUCAUUUUCUAAUAAGUCUUCAACAAAAAGUAUUUUUCGAUCACUUAAAUGUUUGUUAGUCAGUGAUGAAU